AUGACUGAAUGCGCCCCCGAAUCUACCUCCACUGCUAUCCCUCUAUCUCCAGGUGGCAGUGCUCUCUCAAAGUUGGGAUGCAUCCACCUCCGCCGCAAUCGGGCCAACGCCAUCGUUCCAGUCAAGAUCAUUCCUCUCCCAACCAAGGCUGUGGAAGACAAAGCAUCCACCGCCGACCAGACCGCCGCUAUCACUGCACUCACCACUCCGGGCGCUCCGAGCCGUGAGAUUGAAUUUGAGCUACCGCCGGCGAAGGACUUGACUGAGGAGGAAGAGAAGAAGCUCGUGGAGGCGUGUGCUUGGGCGGAGGAGAAGAAGUAG